AUGGCCGCUGCUCAGCUCAUUAUUCGGGGCGUCCAGCUCCUCUUUGUUGUUAUUAUCGUUGCCCUCAUCGGCAACGUCAUCAACAACAACAUCAACGGCAACAUGUCCGCCAUCAACUAUGCGCUUUUCGCAACCAUCAUUGCCUGGCUGGCCUGUCUGCUGGGCCUGGCCGGCGCUUUCGUCUCCAUGCUCACGGAGGGCAUCUUCCUGUACGCCCUGCUCGCCCUCGAUGUUUUGGCCAUCGUCUUCACGUUCAUUGCCGCCAUUGUCAUCCCCGCCAAGCUGCACGCCGUCAACUGCGGCGGAGACCUGUCCCCCGAGAAUCGCGGCGCCGGUUGGAUCGGCUUUGGCAGCUUGGACACCGAGCAGCGCUGCCGCGAGCUGCAGGCCAGCACCGCGUUCCUGUGGUUCCUGUGGGUCGCCCUCAUUGCGUCGCUCUUGCUGGGCCUCUUCAACCUCCGCCGCGGCGGUGGCGGUUCGUCGCGCGCCUCCAGCGCACCGCACAUGUCGCAAGUGCGCGUGUAA